GGAAAGCCAAGCUUCAUCUGGCCACACUGACAAUAGCUGUGCAAAAAUUCUACUGCGUUCUAUUGAUCUCCGAGAUUUUAAUACUUUUAAACAGCUGUAUUGCAUAAUUAAAACAUAGUGGAAUAGAUCUGGAACGCGGUCAACUAAGCCAAUCAGCAAAUAGACAACGAUGAACAUGGAUGCGGGCAUCGCUGUGGAGAACCGUGAGAAGGAGCGCGAUCGACGUGGGCGGGGGGCGCGUGGCUCUAGAUUCUCGGACGCCGACGGCAAUGGAAACGCCGGUGGAAACCUGGGUGGCAACGGCGGCGGUGGAGGGGGAGGCGGCGGCAACAACAAUAUUCGUGACCGGAGCCGCGAGCGCCGCAACUGUCGGGUGUACAUCUCAAACAUUCCGUACGAUUACCGAUGGCAAGACCUGAAGGAUCUGUUCCGCCGCAUCGUCGGCUCCAUCGAGUAUGUGCAGCUCUUCCACGACGAGAGCGGCAAGGCGCGCGGCUGCGGGAUUGUUGAGUUCAAGGAUCCGGAGAAUGUGCAAAAGGCCAUGGAGAAGAUGAACCGCUACGAGGUCAACGGCCGAGAACUGGUCGUAAAGGAGGAUCAUGGCGAGCAGCGUGACCAGUACGGCCGGAUUGUGCGUGAUGGCGCCGGCGGCGGAGGCGGAGGAAACGGUGGCGGCGGCGGCGGUGGUGGUGGAGGCGGCAAUGGUGGCGGUGGCCGUGACCACAUGGACGACCGCGAUCGUGGAUUCUCCCGACGUGACGAUGACAGAUUAUCUGGGCGUAAUAAUUUUAACAUGAUGUCAAAUGAUUAUAAUAAUUCGUCGAAUUACAAUUUGUAUGGGCUUUCCGCUUCGUUUUUGGAGAGUCUUGGCAUAAGUGGACCUUUGCAUAAUAAGGUUUUUGUUGCUAAUCUGGACUACAAGGUGGAUAACAAGAAGCUCAAGCAGGUAUUCAAGCUGGCCGGAAAGGUGCAAAGCGUAGAUCUUUCCCUGGACAAGGAGGGCCAUAGUCGUGGCUUUGCUGUAAUUGAAUACGACCAUCCUGUUGAGGCUGUGCAGGCCAUAUCUAUGCUGGAUCGCCAAAUGCUCUUCGAUCGACGCAUGACCGUGCGUCUGGACCGCAUUCCGGACAAGAACGAGGGACUGAAGCUCCCUGAGGGUUUGGGUGGCGUGGGCAUCGGCCUGGGACCCAACGGAGAGCCACUGAAGGACGUGGCCCACAAUCUACCCAACGGAGGUCAGAGCCAGGGCCAGCUGCUCGGCGGUGUCCAGCAAGGUGGUCAGCUUGGAGCAGUGGCUGCUGGCGGCGGAGGCGGCAGCGCCGUUAGCAACGCGACCAAUCUAUUGAACAACCUCACCGGUGUGAUGUUCGGCAAUAAUUCAGCGGUUCAGCCAUCCCCCGUGGCUCCGGUACAGAAGCCCAGUCUGGGCAACAACUCUGGUGCCGGUGGAUUGAACUUGAACAAUCUCAAUCCCAGCCUGCUGGCCGCUGUGGUUGGCAACCUGGGUAGCCAAGGAGCCGGCUUAAGCAACCCCUUGCUCACCUCGUCGCUGAGCAACCUUGGCCUAAAUCUUGGAAACUCGGGCGGCAACGACGAUGCCCUGGCCAGCAGCAAUGUUGGCCUGUCCAACAACUACAGCAGCGGCGGCACCGGAGGCGGCAAUAACUACAGCUCGGGCGGCAACUACAGUGGUGGGGGCGGAGUCUCUGGCGGCAAUGUGGGAUACAAUGCCUACAGCAGCUCCGGUGUGGGCGGUGGCAAUGGAGGAGGCGGACAGGACAGCAAUGACUACAACUCAGUAAAUCAACUGGAUAUCUAUGGAGGCGGCAACAAUGUGGGCAACUCGAAUGUGGGUUCCAAUAAUGUUGGAGGCGGCGCUCGCAAGUCGGACACCAUUAUCAUCAAGAAUGUUCCCAUGAGCUGCACCUGGCAAACGUUGCGCGACAAGUUCCGUGAGAUUGGCGAUGUCAAGUUUGCCGAAAUUCGUGGAAAUGACGUUGGCGUUGUGCGCUUCUUCAAGGAGCGUGAUGCCGAACUGGCCAUAGCGUUAAUGGAUGGAUCCCGUCUGGAUGGUCGCAACAUUAAAGUAACUUACUUUUAAGUCAAUCCAAAAUCCAUUUUUCCAAAAAUUCAUUCAUCGGUUGUCGGAGGAGCCUCAGACGAGCCACAAAUAGAUUUUCCUUAUUUCACGCUGGCAUCCACGACAAACCCACAUGUACUGUGUAACUUUUAUAUAUAAACAUACGCAUAUUAUUAUACAAGCUAAUAUUAUGAUUAUUGACGUUCCAAAAGCAACAACAACAACAACAACAAACCCAAGACCAAGAAGAUCCAUCAACAUUUGAAGACGAAAAUUAAACUAUUUUUUAAGUCAUUGAAUUAAAGUCAAUAAAACCAUGUGAAUCCCAAGAAA